AUGGUGGCCACUGGAAUAUGUCGCUCAGAUGACCACGUAGUUAGUGGAAACUUUGUCUCACCUCUCCCUGUGAUUCUAGGCCAUGAGGCAGCGGGCAUCGUGGAGAGCAUUGGAGAGGGGGUGACAUCAGUAAAACCAGGUGACAAAGUCAUCCCACUCUUUAGUCCCCAGUGUGGAAAAUGUAGAAUUUGUAAACACCCAGAAAGCAACUACUGCGUGAAAAAUGAUCUAGGCAACCCUCGUGGAACCAUGCAGGAUGGCACCACCAGGUUCACCUGCAGAGGGAAGCACGUCCACCACUUCCUGGGUGUCAGCACCUUCUCUCAGUACACAGUGGUGGAUGAGAAUGCAGUGGUCAAAGUUGAUGCAGCCUCACCGCUGGAGAAAGUCUGCCUCAUCGGCUGUGGAUUUUCAACUGGUUAUGGGUCUGCCGUCAAAGUUGCCAAGGUCACCCAGGGCUCCACCUGUGCUGUGUUUGGCCUGGGAGGAGUGGGUCUGUCCACUAUCAUGGGCUGUAAAGCAGCUGGAGCAUCCAGGAUCAUUGCAGUGGACAUCAACAAGGACAAAUUUGCAAAGGCCAGAGAGGUGGGGGCCACCGAGUUCAUCAACCCUCUAGACUACAAGGAACCCAUCCAGGAGGUGCUAAAGGCAAUGACCGAUGGAGGUGUGGAUUUUUCCUUUGAGGUCAUUGGUCGGCUUGACACCAUGCUGGCUGCCCUCUUAUGCUGUCAUGAGGCAUGUGGCACAAGUGUCAUUGUAGGAGUACCUCCUGAUUCCCAAAGCCUCUCAGUGAACCCAGCGCUGCUAUUGACGGGACGCACCUGGAAAGGAGCAGUUUUUGGUGGUUUUAAGAGUAAAGAUUCGGUCCCUAAACUCGUGGCUGAUUUUAUGGCUAAGAAGUUUUCUCUGGAUCCAUUAAUAACCCAUGUU